GUGUGCGCCCCUGUUGCUAUGACAACACAUGUUUGAUACAGCAGGCUUUGCAUGGAAGCGGACUACUCUUCCUAACGCGGAGCUAACUGUGCGUCAGCUUCUCAAAACUGUCGAGACAUUGCCUAUUCCUCCGUAUUAUCUGCGCAGUUAUAUACGAUGCCACCCAAAAAGAAAGGGAAAAGUAAACAGCCUGCCAAGGCGAGGACGCCCACACUGAUAAAUGGCCUAACCAAGGAGGAGAUGUCCAAGGAGCAGCUGGAAGAGCACAUUGUGCGCCUUCGAGAGGAGCUGGAUAGAGAGAGGGAGGAGAGAAACUACUUUCAGCUAGAGAGGGACAAGAUCCACACCUUUUGGGAGAUCACAGAGAGACAGCUAGAGGAGGUAAAGGCUGAACGGAAAAACCUGGAUAAGGACAUAGAGGAGGAUGAGUGGCGCCAUCAAGUUGAGAUCAAGGUGUAUAAGCAGAAGAUGAAGCACCUUCUGUGUGAACACGAGAACACGAUCUCUGAGUUGAAAGCAGAUGGUUUAGUCUCAGCUGAGGCUGUGCAGAAAGAGCAAGAACAAUUAGAGACAGAGCUUCAUAAAGAAAUGAGAGCCAUCAUGGUAGACAUCCAGGAGCUCGAUAAUGAAAACCUCGUCAAGGAGCUUGAACUGAAACAUGAUGAAGAAAUGACUAAAACAAGGAACAGCUGGGAGAAGCAGCUCUCAGAAAUUAAAUCCAAGUAUGAGAAAAGGAUGGAGUUGCUUCCACAGGAGCUGGACAACAUCAGGAAAAAUGAGAUCAGUGAGAGGGAAGAUCACUGGAACAGCCACAUCUCUGCUCUUAUAGAAGACCACAACAAAGUUUUCAGUGAAGCUAAUGCACUUGUUAAUUGCAUGCAACAGGAUCUGCAAUUGAAUGAUUCACUCAAGCAACAAAUAAAAGACACGAAGAAGAAGCAGAAAGAGAAGGAAAAAGACCUGGUCCGUGUUUUACAGGACAACAAAGAUCUCACUGAGCUUCUCUCGAAGGUCAAGGAAGAAAUCUCUGAAAAUGAGAAAAAAAUGAACUACUACCCGAACAAAAAGGAUGCCUUUGAAAAGGUCAAGACGAAGGAGUUAAAUGAUCUAAAAUCAGAUCACGAGGCACUGGAACAGAAAUUCAGCAUGCUCCAGAUGGAAAGGGAUGAGCUGUACAAGACAUUUGCUCAGAAUAUUCAGAAGGUUCAGCAUAAAGCAGGUGUGAAGAUAGGGCUGCUGGAAAGGAAGCUGAAAGCUCUGACAGACGGCGUGGAGAAGACGCAGGCUCAGCUCAGCUCGGUGCUUUCUGCCUCCAACAUGGACCAAACUGCCCUCAGAGGGGUCACAAACAAAAUCGAGAAAAAUAUUGACUCCAGUAAUAAUUCCAUCAAGAACUUAAAGUUUAAAAAGGCUCAGAUUUCAAAGGCCCGUAAGGAUUUGCUGCUGACCUAUGAAGCAAAGCAAAGGGCUCUUGGAGUCCCUGUGGAGGAGAUUUGUAGGAAGCGCUUUGAGAGCAGUCUGGCUGGGAAAAGUCUGAAAUAAGACCUGGAUCUUGGGUUUGUGAAGCAAUGAAUUUAGUGAAAUGAAAGACAUUCAUUUACAGCAAACUGCACUUUCUUUGCAUCUGAUCUCAUUAGAAUGUGACGCGUUUCUAAUAUUUUUCUUUCACACAAAUGUUGUUUGGUGACCAAAAUUAAAAUGAAACAUUGUUCUCUC